CGCUACCAAGAUCGACUCCACCCAAUGAUUAUAAUUUAGGAAAUGAAGACAGUGACUUAAACAGUAAACUAGAUAUGAAGCCUUUAAAUUUUCCACGUCGCAAAGUGCAAACAGAACGUUCCUUGACUCUGCCCAUAUGUCAACGGUGCAAACAAGUUUUCUUAAAGCGACAGAACUACACGCAUCAUGUUGCUUUAUCAGUGUGCGACAUUGUUGAAUAUGAUUUAAAAUGUUCCAUCUGCCCGAUGUCGUUUAUGUCCAAUGAGGAGUUGAACGCGCACGAACAUUUGCAUCGUUUAAAUCAUUAUUUUUGCCAAAAAUACUGUGGAAAACAUUAUGAGACAAUAUUGGAAUGCGAACAACACGAGUACACGCAACACGACUACGAAUCAUACAAAUGCAAUAUUUGUUUGUUAGAGUUUUCGUUACGUGAAGAAUUGCUUCAACAUAUACCGUUGCAUAAAUAUCAAAUUCGCUUUGUUUGUUCGGUGUGUCGUGAAUGGUUUCAAAUUUUGCCAGAAUUACAUGAUCAUUGCGUGGCGGCGCCCAACCUUUGUGGGAAGUUUUACAAUAAAGAUGCUGUUAACAAAAACCAAAAUAACGAUUCUUUGCAUAGCGAAUCGUCUAAACCAAGAAAAAGUUCAAUUUGCAGCAAAAAUCCCAUCGAGACAAGCACGCAAAAAGAUUCUCAAUCAAAUAACGCUAAUCGAGGUUUUAUCAGCUUGCCUGAAGAACAAGAGGUAAAAACUGAAAUUAAGGUUGAACCAGAUUUCUAUCCACCUCUAGAGCAAGGAGAUUUCGAACGGUUCGAUGGUGACUACAACUCCGAGAAUUUUUCUUCAACCUCGUCAAUGAGCAAUCAAAAUCUGAACUUUUUGCAUGAUUUUCAAGAUAACGCGUCGAGUAGCACCAAUUCUUCGUACACUAUGCCGCCUGCGAAUAAUGAAGCAGUUGCUGGUGAUGAAGAUGCUGUAUGUUGCGUGCGUUUGUGCGGGGUAAGCAAAUUCAGAAGUCCGACGCUACAGUUUUUUGGUUUUCCCCGCGACAACAAGUAUCUGCAACAAUGGUUACAUAAUUUAAAAAUGCCUUACGAUCAUCAGGCCAAUUACACGCAAUAUCGCAUUUGUAGUUUACAUUUUCCAAAAAGAUGUAUGAAUCGUUACUCUCUAAGUUAUUGGGCAGUGCCAACAUUUAAUUUGGGCCAUGAUGACGUAGCGAAUAUAUACCAAAAUCGUGAAAUUAGUCAUAGUAUUGCCAUCGGCGAGAUGUCUCAGUGCUAUAUGCCGGGUUGUCGAUCGCAGCGUGGCGAAAGUAAUGUGAAAUUUUAUAAUUUUCCGAAGGAUUUAAAAACUUUGAUAAAAUGGUGUCAAAAUGCCCGAUUACCUGUGCACGCUAAAGAACCGCGGCAUUUUUGUUCACGACACUUUGAAGAGAAAUGUUUUGGUAAAUUUCGUUUAAAACCGUGGGCUAUACCUACUUUACAUUUAGGCACUGUAUACGGAAAAAUUCAUGACAAUCCUAAUGUUUCGUAUUUGGAGGAAAAAAAAUGUUGUUUGCCAUUUUGCAGGAAAAGUCGUUCAGAUGAUUUUAACUUAUCUCUUUAUCGUUUUCCUCGCGAUGAAACCUUGCUGCGUAAAUGGUGUUAUAAUUUACGUUUGCAUCCAGAUGUUUAUCGUGGUAAAAAUCAGAAAAUCUGUUCUCACCAUUUUAUUAAGGAAGCGUUGGGGUUGCGUAAACUAUCUCCGGGCGCAGUUCCAACGUUGAAUUUGGGACACAAUGACCGUGUGAAUAUCUAUGAAAACGAAUUAUUAUCCGCUCCUGUUAACCCUGCUCCAAAUUCCUUCAUUAAAAUGUCUAAAUAUCAUCAUUCUUCCCAUUCCAGUUCUUCCUCUUCCAUUUACGAUGAAGUUUUCACUAACAAUUGCUCUUCAUCGGCAAAGUUUACUUCUUCUUCCACACCAAAUUCAAAUGCUCUAGACCUGGGUGAUAUGUGUUUAGUACCAUCAUGUAAGAAUACCCGGCACACUGAAAAUAUUACUUUGCAUACUAUACCUCGACGACCGGAACAAUUGAAAAAAUGGUGUCAUAACCUCAAAAUGAACUUGGAAAAGCAUCACAAAAGUAUACGCAUUUGUAGCGCUCAUUUUGAAAGCUACUGCAUUGGCGGAUGCAUGAGGCCUUUUGCUGUGCCUACUUUAGAGUUAGGUCAUGAUGAUUCUAACAUAUAUCGCAAUCCAGACGUCAUCAAAAAGUUGAAUAUACGGGAGACUUGUUGUGUACCCUGUUGUAAACGCAAUCGUGAUCGCGACCAUGCCAACUUGCACCGUUUCCCUACUAACCCUGAAUUAUUACAAAAAUGGUGUGAAAAUUUGCAGAAACCUAUACCUGAUGGUACAAAGCUGUUUAAUGAUGCCGUUUGCGAGGUUCACUUCGAAGACAAAUGCUUACGUAAUAAACGUUUAGAAAAAUGGGCUGUACCUACUCUGAAAUUGGGAUACGAACCUAUAAUUCAUCAAUUACCUUCAGAACAGGAGAUAAUGGAAUUCUGGUCUAAGCCACCCGCUCCUAACAACGGCGAUGAGCUAGGCGAAUGUUGCGUAUCUACUUGCAAAAGAAAUCCGCAAGUGGAUGACGUUAGAUUAUACCGACCGCCCGAGGACGCUGAGCAGCUAGUUAAAUGGUCUCACAACUUGCAAAUAGAAGUGACGGAAUUAUCUUCUUUGAAAAUAUGUAACCUUCACUUUGAGUCGCAUUGCAUAGGUAAACGAUUACUUAACUGGGCCAUGCCUACACUGAAUUUGGCUUCUAACGUCGAGCAUUUGUUUGAAAAUCCGCCUCCCACCUCGUCUAGUUAUAAAAGAAAAGUGAAAAUCGAAUGUCAGAAGCCUCAGGAAUUCACUAAAUGGUCACCGCGCUGCUGUUUAUCGCACUGCCGUAAAACUCGCAAUCACGAUCAGAUACAACUAUAUAGAUUUCCUGUUAAUAUUCAUACCUUAACGAAAUGGUGCCAUAAUCUUCAACUGCCUACAGUGGGUAGUUCUCAUCGUCGUAUUUGUUCAGCUCAUUUUGAAGCAGCAGUGCUUACAAAACGUUGCCCUAUAGCUUUUGCAGUGCCCACGCAAGAUCUUAACACACCCUUAGGUUACAAAAUCUAUCAAAAUUCUCCAAAACUUAAGCAACACAGGAUUAUUAAUCAGCGAUGUUGUGUAGUGAAUACAUGUCGUAAAACCCGUUCUGAUGGUGUCCAACUGUUUCGUUUUCCCAAUAAUCGCGUCAUGCUGAACAAAUGGCGUCAUAAUCUUAAGCAUCUUCCAAAAGGUAAAUUAAGUUCGCAAUUCCGCAUUUGUUCAUUGCAUUUCGAAAAACAUUCAGUAGGCUUGAAACGCCUAUCACCUGGUGCCAUUCCCACACUAAAUUUAGGGCACGAUAAUUCUGAAGAUUUAUAUCCGAAUGAAACUAGAUCGUUCUUUGAACUGGAUAAGUGUGUUGUAACGGGCUGUUCGUCUAGCAAAGACAUGGAAAAUGUUCGUCUUUUUAAAUUUCCUCGAGAGGACGAAGAAUUGCUGGGGAAAUGGUGUCAUAACCUAAAAAUGAAUAUCUCGGAAUGCCUAGGCAUAAAAAUAUGCAAUAAGCAUUUUGAAGCAGAAUGUAUGGGUCCCAAACUAUUAUACAAAUGGUCUAUUCCAACCUUAAACUUGGGUUACGAGGAAAAUGAAACAUUGGAAAUUAUACCUAAUCCUCCGCCAGAAAAACGCUCGGGAGAUGUUUUGUUUAAAUGUUGUGUUUUUAGUUGCGGUAAAACACGAAAGUACGACGACGCCCAAAUGAAUAGUUUUCCUAAAAACAUAAAAAUGUUUCGGCGAUGGAAACAUAACCUCAAACUGGAUUAUUUAAAUUUCAAGGAACGAGAGAAAUUUAAGAUUUGCAACGAUCACUUCGAGCCCAUAUGUGUAGGAAAGACUCGAUUGAAUUUUGGGGCCAUACCUACGUUGAACUUAGGUCAUGAUGAUGUAGACGAUUUGUACAAAAUAAAUCCAGAUAAAGUGAAACCUAAUUUAUUUAUAAAGCAAUCAACGUACGAGGAAGAUCCGCUCGAAAUUGGUUACCCGAAUGACAACUUGGUAGGAGAAGACAUAGAGGAGCACAUGGAGUCUUCCAGCUUAUCAUUGGAUAUAUCCAAUCUAAAAUGUGCGUAUAUCGAAUGCAAAGGCCCGAAGUGUUUGUUGCGUGAACCGUAUAGUUUACCACAAACUGACGUGUUUAGAAACAUGUGGUUUUCUCUAAUGGAUUUACAAGAAAGCUUUGCUUACGGAGAAAGCAAACUGUGCGGCCUACAUUACCAAAAAGUCUUCGAAAAUUGCAAAGAAAAAAUGUUCGCUUUAACUUUAGAAAAUGACGAAUUAAAAGAGGAUUUCGAAAAACUUCAGAAUGCUUAUCACAAGUCGGAGAUUUCCUUAAUUAUCAAGAGCUGUAAAUGCAGUAGUGAAGAGUGCACUAACUCUUUAAUUUUACCUAAUAUCAGACUCUACCAAUUUCCAUACGGCAAAGAGCUUAAGGAAAAGUGGUCCUAUAAUACCGGCAUAGAGCCAGAUGAACAUCGUCGCUAUCUAAAUAAAGUAUGUUGUAUGCAUUUCGAAUCAUACUGUUUCACGUCAAAUCAACGUUUGCGGUCGUGGGCUGUACCUACUUUAGAACUAAAUCAUUCACAACAAGAUACGUUGCACAAGAAUCCCGACCUAACGAAAAUCGAUCGUCGUUUGUUGGGUCCUUCAAUUAUGAAGUGUUGCGUUCGUGCCUGCAGUGGAGCAAAUACCAUAGAAGGUGAAUCUUUGAAGCUGUUUAGUUUUCCAUUGGAUGAAGAUUUACUAAAGAAAUGGUGUGAGAACCUAAAUAUGUCUUCAGAACAAACCCCAAUAUUCAAAGUCUGUUCUUUACAUUUUGAGAGGCAAUGUUACGGCUUAACACGCUUACGUGUGGGGGCCAUACCCACCUUACAUCUUGGCCAUGCUAGUGAACCUCGGCACUGCAUUCCAAACAACACUAAAAAGGAAAUGUAUGAUUUGGAAUCCACUCAUAAUACUUUGAAACAGGUGAAAAUAAAAAAAUCUUUAGGAUCAGUAAAAUGUUUUAUACCUUCGUGUCGUCGUACACGUUUGCAGCACGGCGUACGUUUUUAUACCUUACCUUCUAAUUCCAAAUUGCGACGUAAAUGGUGUCACAAUCUGCGUUUGUCUCUAAAUCUAGGCAAACUGCAGAGUUUGCGCAUUUGUAGCUUACAUUUUCACAAGAAAUGUUUAGAUGGUCGCAAUUUAAAGCCUUGGGCUGUGCCUACCUUGCAUCUUGGACAUCAAGAAGCUAUUUUUGAUAAUCCUCGUACUUUGUAUGGCCAAUAUGUACCACAGUGUGCUCUGUGGCACUGCCGAAAUCAAAGGGUUUUGAACAAAAGCAGGCGUUUCUUUACUUUUCCGAAGAGCGCUGAUCUUUUGGAAAAGUGGUGUAAAAAUUUAAAAUUUUCCUUUGAUCAAUGUAAUGGAUGUUUGUGUGAAAGACAUUUUGAAACUGAAGUCAUGAGUUUAAAAAAUCUGAAGAAAGGUAGUGUACCCACUCUGAAUCUAGGUCACUCGGAAGCGUUGGAAUUUAAUAAUUUAAAUUUAAUUGAAGAGAUGAAAAAUGCAAAUAUUUUUGAUAUGGAAGAAGAAGACGGAGAAGACUGUUUUUACAGAGAAUUUAAAGAAAGUGAAGAGUUCGAUUUGGAAUCGGAAAGCUUGAGAACUCCGACUAAUUGGAGCAAUUUAGAAGUGAAAGAAUUACGCAUCACACUAACUCCUCUAAAACGCGAAGAUUUGCCUGAGAUUAUGUCGGUGGCAUCUCCUUUAGAACUGGAAGAAGAGGAAAAUUAUAUUACUUGCAAUGAAUCAAGAGAAGAGGAUACUUCGGAACAAAGACAAAUAUUGCGCAAAGACAAGGCGGUGAACAAUUUCAAUCCCAUAUGUUGCUUGAAACAUUGCGGGAAAGAGAAGACACCUGAACAACAUUUGACGACUUUCGGUUUUCCUAAGGAUCGUGAUCUUUUACAAAAAUGGUGCGAUAAUUUAGGAUUAGAACCUUCUGAAUGUAUAGGCCGUGUGUGUGUCGACCAUUUUGAGCUACGUGUCAUGGGCAAUAGACGUUUAAAACCGGGGGCUGUCCCAACUUUAAAUUUGGGGCACAAUAAACCUUUAAUACACACCAAUGAACCUAUCAAGGCAAAAGUUAUGCACGACGAACUUAAGUUCAUAGAAGGCAAUGAAGAAGAAAAGCAAGUUAGCCAAAUUGUAAAGCCGGCUCCACCACCUUACAAGACUAAGCCAGCUAAGCAAUCGGUUUUUCGGCUAUGUUGCCUCAAACAUUGCCGACGCAAGAGAAUGCAAGGAAAGGUGGGAGUGGCAACAUUAACAUUUAAAAUACCUCGAAAUUUAAAACGAUUGAAGCAGUGGUCAGCAGCGCUUAAAUUACCAGAAGAAGUUUGUAGGCGACCGAGGAUGCUUUUAUGUGCUCAGCAUUUCGAACCACAUAUGAUUAACGAGGAAAAAGCCCAACUGAAGUCCAACGCAGUACCCACCCUAAACUUAGGAUACGAGCCAAAUAAAUCUGAAGCACGCAAUGGGACGUUGGACCUAGAAAAAUGCGAUCUGAGUCAUUGCGGUCGGGUCGCCGACAAUGAUGACGUGUUUUUGUUAUGUUUUCCAUUCAAACCUUUGGUUUUAUUGCGCAAAUGGUGUUACAAUACAAGAAUAUCUUACAAGACUAAAAACUUGAAAUUCCUGAAAAUUUGUAAUGACCAUUUUGAAAAACAAGUUUUUUUAAAAAAAAAAUGUCUUCGCUUCAAUGCAGUGCCCACGUUAAAUUUGGGUCAUCCAGGAAAAAUUUAUAAGAAUCCUAAAUCCUAUAGGUUAAAAACUUUACUUAAGCCAAGGGAAAAAUGCUGCGUAAUCAAUUGUCAAGAAGAACAGAAGAAGAUGUAUGGGUUCCCAAAAAGCUCUGAGCUUCGUCGCAUAUGGUCCAACAAUUUGCGUAUUGAAACCCGCGUGGCCUUGAAGCAACAAUUCAAAGUUUGCCAACGUCAUUUUGCAAGCGAAAGCUUUAUAAAUGGAACGGAUUGCUUAAAGAUAGAAGCGAUACCUAUCUUGGAGCUAGGUGAUGAUAAAGACCACCACUUGGUUUUAGAGAUGGACGCAACGGCACAGAGCAGCCGCCAAUGUAUGGUUAGAAAUUGUGGUUGCAUACCCAGUGUGGAUAAAGUGAAACUGUUUAGCUUUCCUCAGCCCGGAGAAAUUUUGGAAAAAUGGCUUUUCAAUCUACAAUUAUCUGCGAAAUAUGCCGUCGAAAACACCUAUAUAUGUAGCCGACAUUUUGAAAAGAGCUGUAUACGUCGAGGAAUUUUGCAUGAAAUGGCGAUACCUACACUGUGUUUAGGGCAUGCCGAUUGCUUUUAUGGCAACGAGGAAGAAAUGUUUACAACUCCUAUAAAAUGUUGCGUAACGAGUUGUAAUUACAAUCCGGCAGAAGAUGAGUCGGAAAUUUUGCGUAGCAUGUAUCGCUUUCCCAAAGAUGCAGAAAACUUAAAAAAAUGGUUAGAUAAUUUAAAUAUGAGCGAUACUGUAUACCAGAAACAAAAAAGUGCAAGGAUUUGCGGACAUCAUUUUGAGGAUGUUUGCAAGCUGAAGGGUCGAGAGACGCUAUUACCUAAUUCGAUGCCUACUAUGAAUUUGGGUUAUGAAAGCAAGGUGAAAAAUAUGCAUCGAAAUCACUUUGAAAAGUGCUGUUUGCAAUCAUGCAAGAUGAGAGAGAAAUUCUCUGUGAGCUUACAUGAUCUACCGCAAGACCUAAAUAUACGCUCUCUUUGGUUUGAAGAACUUGCUUUGGAGGAUAGAAUAAAUACGGAAAAUUUUAUUUGCUCCCCACAUUUUAUGGCUAUAUUUGAAAGACUGAAAGAGAAACAUAAGACGUACUUGAAGCAGUAUUUAGAAUAUGGUCUGCUAUCAACUUCGUACAAAGAACUGAAACAGUUAGACUUAAUGCAAGGCUUUAAAUGUUCUAUUCCCAAGUGCUCGACAGGGUUUAAGAUGACUGCCAAGCUUUUCAAAUUUCCCAACGAUGUUAAUCUUUUCAAUAAAUGGCAACACAAUACCGGAUUACAAUUUGAAAUGAAUAAGCGCUGCCUACAUCAAAUAUGUGCCCUUCACUUUGAGCCCAGGUGUCUGAGUGAAGUGAAAUUACACCGUUGGGCGCUCCCUACGCUAAAGUUACCCAACAUCAACAGUUUGUAUGUCAAUCCUCCCGAAGCUUUGCCUUCCGAUCACGAAAACCUUAAACAUUGUUGUGUUUCCGAUUGCAUUUCAGAGGAAAUGCCAUUCUUUCAGUUUCCUUCCAAGCAGACUAAUCUCAGAAAAUGGAUACACAAUUUGGACUUGGGGCCACAGCAGUGUACCACAAAUUUGCGUGUCUGUUUUAAGCAUUUCGAGAAAUAUUGUUUUAAAAAGGAAAUGAGCAACAAACAACUGACGUUAAAAUCAUGGUCUAUACCUACUUUAAGACUAAAACGAAAAUUGGACUUAUAUCAAAAUCCGGUCGAGAAAAUAAGUUUCUUCGUAUGCUGCAUUCCGACUUGCCGCAAAGUACGGAAUCCCUCUGAGGGCAUAUAUUUCUACAAAUUUCCACGAAGCAAAACCUUAUCGAAAAAAUGGUUAUAUAACGCGGGAAUAGAUGCGGAAAGUUUUCAUGAACGUAUGCGAAUUUGCAGUUUGCACUUUACUUCCGAUUGCUUUGUAAAGGAUUGCAUGAUCCUUCGUAAGCACACAGUACCCACUCUAAAUUUGUCAACGCCUAUUGAGUUCUUGCAUAAAAAUCCUCCGAAAAAAAAAUUUGGUAGCUUCGGGCUAACGCACUGCUUAGUAAAAUCUUGCAAUGUAAUGGAAUUAAAGGACAAAGAGUUACACGACUUGCCUAAAAAUAAAACUGUGUUAAGUAAAUGGUGGCAUAAUUUGGAUUUGGAUAUGCAUAAUGACGCGACAUUGGCAGAUAAAAGUAUGAAAAUAUGUAAAAUGCAUUUCACUGACGAAUGUUUUGAUAAAAAGGGUGAAUUAAAGUUGAAAUCGAUUCCCACCUUAAAAUUGGGUCAUGAUAAAAAAAUUUUUCAAAAUUUUGACGAAGCGAUCGGCGUUGAUAGACUACUGAAAAGUGGGAUUAUUGAGGUCGACGAUAGUUCAAAAUCGAAGAAAGAGACAAAAUGUUUCGAUUUGCAUGCGGAGAAAUAUGUUAAAGACGAUCCUUUAAAAGGGUCAAAGCUUUUCAAAACUGCUAUUAGAAACAGCAAAUCACAUUUAGCCCCAAUAGGACAAACUAAAAUCAAUCGGAUACAAAGAGUUUAUAAUAAGAAAAAGUCCAAACAGUUGAUCUACAAAUAUGAACGAUAUCGAGACCAGUUUGAAAACACAGCACACGUUGUUAGGAAAAAUAUUAAGUCAGAAAAUAGCCGCGCUCUUGGCAAACUUAUUAAGAAUACUCGAAUAGCAAAUCGCGCGAAGUGUUCUAUACAAAAUUGUUUAGAGCUGGAAAAAAACCCCAAGCUACAAGUUUUUAGCUGUCCACAUAAAACUGAUCUGCUAGAAAAAUGGUUAGAGAGUAUUGGAGAAAAUGUAAAAAAUAAAGUACAGUUAUUAAAAAAAUAUAAAAUUUGCUCCUCACACUUUGAAAACCAAUGCUUUCAAGAUCAGCGUUUAUUGUACGGGGCUAUUCCUACUGUAAACUUAGUGAAUAAAAAUAUUAAAAAAAAUUUGUGCUCGGAGUAUUUGAAAGCUUAUGAGUGCGAACGCUGUUUUGUGAAGAAAUGUGGACGUUCAGACGAGUAUGAUCAAAUAAUCAAAUGCUAUUUUCCUAAAGAGAAGGAUUUAUUAGAGAAAUGGCUCUUUAACUUGAAUAUAAGACGAGAAGAGAUAGCCGUACAUAAGUGGCUUUGUCAUAUGCAUUUUGAGCAAAGAUGUUUGAAGCAAAGAAAACUUCUACCAGACACAGUACCCACCUUAUUGUUGGAUUAUGAAUCCAGUAGCAAGAGUGGUUUCUUCAGAAAUCCUGAAGUAUGCUCUGCCACCAGGAAAUGCCGACAAAUGCUUUUAAACGCAUGUUGCGUAAACGGCUGUCAGAAUGCUAAAGGAGGGAAUCCCUUUGUACAGUUAAGUCAGUUUCCAAAACAAUCUCAACUUUUUCGAAAGUGGCUGCAUAAUUUAAAAAUCAUUGAUUCUAACGAAGUACGGCAAUACUAUCGUAUUUGUACCCUACACUUUGAGUUGAAGUGUUUCAAUAAGUUUUCUUUAAAGUUAGGCUCGAUACCUACAAGGAACUUGGGCCAUCGCGACCCUGAUAUAUACGAAAUGUUGGAUGAGGAAUUGCACGAUAAUCAAAUAAAAAAAUCCAAACUUUACAAUAAGAAAUGCUCAUACCCCUGUUGCAAAGGUAAUAAGACUAAACUCUAUGACUUACCGCAAUUUAAGGUCAUACUUGAAAAAUGGUGGCAAACUAUGCAAUUGUCUUCAUUUAGCGAACGAAAUCAGGCGAAAGUGUGUGAUAUACAUUUUUACAUGCUGUAUAAUGAGCACUAUGAGGUUAUAAAACAGAUGGAACAUGAAGAUCCCGGUAGCGUUAAAGACUUGAUAAACCUUUAUCAUAACAUAGCCGCAAGAGGCAAAGUCAUACGUCAUAGAUGUGCUGUGCCGGACUGUAAUACGGAUCAUUUAAAUAGAUGCAAUUCUGGUGUAAAAUUAUAUAAUUUUCCUACUGAUUCAGGACGGGCCAAAAAAUGGUGUUUCAACUGCCAUUUGAGUUAUGAAGGGAAAAUUAAAGAUGACCAUGACCACAAUUAUAAAGUAUGUGCUCUGCAUUUUGAGGAGUAUUGCAUUAACGACACCAAAUUGCAAUCUUGGGCAAUACCCACUUUGCAACUAAGGUCAUCAAAGCUCUACAUCAAUAAUACAUCAAUUGAGAAUACUUUUUACGAUAUUGACAGAUGUUGCAUUGGGUCAUGCAUUAACUCCCAAGGUCUAAGAACCAAUACGUGUUUUUAUGAUUUCCCACAAGAACGAGUCAUACGCGACAAGUGGUUACAACGCACAAAUCUGAAGAAUUUUAAUUUUCAAAAGAUGCGCAUAUGUGGAUUACAUUUUGCAAAAAAAUUUCUGCGCGACGAUAACCAACUAUUACCCUUAGCCUUACCCACCUUAAAUUUGGAAUUAACAGAUUCAACUAUUAAAACACAUGAAAAUACUUACGAUACUAGUUCUAAAUUACAGCACAUUGAAACCGCGGUAACUGUUAAACAGGAAGUUGAAAGCUGGGAGGAUUGGUUACCAUCCGAUCCUUUCAACACCCCAUUCCACGAGUCUUCCAAUAAAAUUGAAAAUAGUGCCGAUAGUUAUUUUCUUGAGCCUCCUCCGCAAUGUGAAAUUAUUACUGUUAAAGAAGAAAUCAUCGAUGUUGACUACGAGAUGAAAUCGGAAUGUUCUAGUGGCAUCGAAUACUAUGCGGAGAAACACUUUAUGAAACCUCGAAUUGUGGCCUGUUAUUCUCAAAAUUUGCGUGUUCAUGAUUUCGCUAAGAAAGAAUUGAUGUUAGAAGAGUUGCAAAGCGAAAAUUAUGCGGAUGCAAAAUUAAGAAUAUUGAACUCAUCUGAAGACUCUCAAAAUCAGAUAAAUGAGAACAGUGGUGCAAUAAGUUUUCAGACCUUAAAGUUGCCUUUGAAACUUUCUCUACCCAUAUCUACAGUAAACGAGAAAAGCCAUAUAUUAACAGAUAGAGAGAAAAUUGUUGCACAAAGUUCUGUGAAUAGCUGUCACCUUUCGCAGAAAUUCAGCUUUAAAAUGAUGCACGGAGACUUACAAAACAAAGCCUACGACCAAAUCAAUUCAGAUUUCUCAAUAAUGGGAAAAAUGGAAGAAAGAGAAUUUCCUCAAAAUAAGAACGGAGGUACGGACGCGAAAGAUAAUCAAGUCGUAGAGAAGUCUUUAGAAAAAAAGACCAGUGCUCAAAAUGCGACUAAUAACAUGGAAGGAAACAAAAGUUGUAAAAAUGAAGACUCUUCUGAAAAUUCACCAAUCGCAAGCUAUUAUUUAUCUCCAACAGAGAUAAGUGAGAGCAUUGAUAGACAAAGUUUUUGUACAUCUCCGAUUAUUGCGGUUGAUGUUCUUUCGAAAGGUUUAUCUCAAACUUGCUGUGUAGCCAAGUGUUUAAAUACCGCUGACGCACCAUUGGUAAAAAUUUUCACUAAAUUCCCUUCCGAUUCAGAGCUUUUUAUCAAAUGGUGUUUUAAUUUAAAAAUUGACCCACGCCAUUUUCGGGAACAUUCUUACGCGGUUUGUAGCACACAUUUUGAUCCGUUAUGUCUUCAGGACAAUCGUUCGCUGCACCCUUGGGCGGUUCCCACUUUAAAUCUAGGUCUUCCUCGCAACUCUUUUAUACAUCAGUACGAACUACCCAUUAGUUAUAAAACCUCAGAGGAAUGCAUAGUUUGGGGCUGCAAUCAAGCAAAGCCGCCGCUUUACAAAUUCCCCGCCAGUCCAGAGCAAUCGAAACGAUGGUUUUCAAAUUUAAAAUUAGAAUAUACAGAAUUUCGAGCACAGACUUAUCGCAUCUGCAGGAAACAUUUUGAAAAUCAUUUCAUCGAUGCGUCCGAGCAGCUAAAAAGCGAAUCUUUGCCUACUUUGCAAUUAAAUAUAAACGAUAGUGAGGAUCUUCCUAAUAAUAACAAUGCAGACAUAAUGCAUCCUUUGGUCUCCUCGCCUGAAGACUUAGAGGAUCAUGAUAGUAGUUACUAUGAAGAUUUUGAAGAGUGUAUCAACCAUGAGGAGGAGAAAAAUUGAUUAAAUCAAAAUCAAAUGCAAUUUCAUUAAAUUAAAAAUUAAAAUAUAUUAAUUAAUCAUAUUCGAACGUAACAAUUAUAUCAUCAUUUUACACCUUCUCAAGUUGUAAAUCAAAACUUGUAAAUUGAAAAACCCGGAUCCGGAAACGGAUCUGACUCCACUUUCUCCGGACAUUAUAAUUUACAUUCAUCUACAUCGCUUAUUAUUAUAUCUUAUUUAUAUAUGGGAUGUCGAAGAAUACUAGCAAUCCAGCAUACUACUUUCAUAUGCAAGCAAUUAACCUCCUUUUGAAGACUCAUUCCAACCAGAAUAUAAUAUUCAUAUAUGUCUUCGAAUAGAUUUUUUUUUGAACCUUAAUUUGCUUCAAAUUUGAUUAUGCUGCGUUGGUUUGUAAAUUACGAUUUUCAAUUUACAAAAUACCAUUUUCAUCGCACUUGGAUGACAAGUUGGUACAAGCGAUUAUGAUUUACAACGAGGAAGAAGGAAUGGUGUUUUAUGUAAAAGUUUAAAAUAUAGACUUAUAUAGAAUAUAUAGCAGUGAACACAUUCGAGGACAUGUGUUUUAGGAAAAAUGCUAAAAAAAAAUUAUAUUACACACAUACAAUAAUUUCUCGGAAAAUUUUAACACGUCUCACACAGCACCUUUUAAGAAAAACAUUUUUUUUUUUUAUUUCUUUCUUGCUUUUUCUUUUCUUCCUCAUUUUAAUUCUAUUAUUUAGUUAAAAUGUUAUUCUUUUCCUUCCAUUGAUUUUAAUUUGAAAUGAAAUAACGAAUGCAAUAGUGUAGAUGAGCAAUAUUUUAUUAAAUGCAAAAAGAGCCGUUUUUAAAUGGCCGCAGCUCCACGAUUUUGAAGUGUUACUAAGAUGGUUGAUUUGCAGCACUUUGUGAUGUCUUUGGCUCUUUACUUUUCUAACAUUCAAAAUGUUACAUACAAAAUAUAUAUUUACUGCCUAGGGCGCCUAGAACAGACUCUGUCCCCCUUUAACGCUUUUCUUUGUAGCCUUUCUAACCGUGAUAGGGCUUGCAUGUCUAAAAGACAUUUUCUGCACGAUUGGUUACAAAAAAAAAGAAACAAAAAAAAGAAAGGCUUUAUUUUGCUUUUGUGUCACGCUGUCUGCAGACAUCCCUUAGCUGUAACCGCAAAAAUUCGUUGAGCUACCUUUUGUAACUCAUCCCUUAAGAUGUUAGAUCUCUCUUGAAAGCGUUCACUGCACACUCUUGUUUUUUUUUUCUUUUUAUAAAUUCAAGUUUCAUAUCUAAUUAAAUGAAAGUUAUUUUAUAAAUUUUCUU